AUGACCCAACCAACACCCCUAAUGCACCUUACCAUAUUCUUAGCCUAUGCUCUUCCAAUCUUAAUCGCCGUAGCCUUCCUAACACUAGUAGAACGAAAAGUCCUAAGCUAUAUGCAAGCCCGAAAAGGCCCAAACAUUGUUGGCCCCUUUGGACUCCUACAACCAGUAGCAGAUGGUGUGAAACUAUUUACCAAAGAACCCAUCCGACCAUCAACCUCCUCCCCCUUACUCUUCACCCUAACCCCAAUACUAGCCCUCCUUCUUGCAAUUUCAAUUUGAACUCCCCUCCCCCUACCCUUCUCUCUUGCAGACUUGAACCUGGGCCUACUAUUCCUCUUAGCCAUGUCAAGCUUAGCAGUAUAUUCAAUUUUAUGAUCAGGUUGGGCUUCAAACUCAAAAUACGCCCUAAUCGGCGCCCUCCGAGCAGUCGCACAGACCAUCUCAUACGAAGUAACACUAGCUAUCAUCCUCCUCUCCAUAAUCAUACUAAGUGGAAACUAUACCUUAAACACCCUUGCCACUACCCAAGAACCCCUAUACCUAAUCUUCUCCACCUGACCCCUCAUAAUAAUAUGAUACAUUUCCACCCUUGCUGAAACCAACCGCGCCCCAUUCGAUCUAACAGAGGGAGAAUCCGAACUAGUCUCAGGCUUCAAUGUAGAAUACGCCGCAGGUCCAUUCGCCUUAUUCUUCCUAGCUGAGUACGCAAACAUUAUACUAAUAAACACACUCACCGCCAUUCUUUUCAUCAACCCAAGCUCCCUAGGCCUUCCUCCAGAACUGUUUCCAAUAAUCCUCGCCACAAAAACCCUCCUCCUCUCCUUUGGUUUUCUCUGAAUUCGCGCCUCAUACCCACGAUUUCGUUACGACCAACUUAUGCACCUUCUCUGAAAAAACUUCCUACCACUAACUCUAGCCCUAUGCUUAUGACAUACCAGCAUACCAAUCUGCUAUGCAGGCCUCCCCCCAGCUUAA